AUGGAGGAGGAUGAGGUAAUUCAUCGGGAUACCUGUUGGGUUCAAGAUUACCUGAAGAUCAAUUCAACUAACCGAAACGGUACGCAUGCACGAUCGGGGAUAACCACCUGCUGGAAAUGGCCUUCGUCGAGGGUCUACAAACUCAAUACAGAUGUUGGUGUUAGUGAAAAAGAGGGAAUCAGGAUUGGGGGCAUUAUUCAGGACUGGAAUGGAGUACCUCAGUUUGCCUUUACUCGAAGGAUGGUGGGGAAUUGCAGACUGGGGGAAGCUGAAGCUAGGGGAAUUUUGAGGGAAAUUGAAGAAGCGUUGAGUCGAGGCUUUACAUCCUUAAUUGUGGAGAGCGAUUGCAAGGUGAUAAUUGAGAGGUUGAAGAAUAGAGAAGAUGACCGACCGGAGAUAAGGGUUCUCUGCGAGUUGAUAUGGUUGAAGAAAGAGAUGGCUGAAGUUGUUGCGCACUCAGAAGAAAGGCAGAUAAGUUGGGAAUUUUCUCCUCAUGAAACAAACAAAUUAGCCCAUUAUCUGGCUCACGUGAAGGUUCUUGGACAAAGUUUCUAUUGUUGGGACUCUUGGAUCCCAAAUUGGUUGUACGAAGCUGUAUAG